CAAGCAGUCGCCGAGAUGCAUGCCUGCACCGUCUCCAUGGCGGGAAUGUUCGUGGAUGGGCUCACAUUCGACGUGGCCAGCCGAACCCUGAUCAUGGCCUGUCUGGGCGUGGGGACCGUCGGCCUCGUGCUCAACAUUGCCCUUUUUGCACUCCUCCUGAUCCUAGACCCAAACAGAAUCACGCUGACCGAGGGAGAGCAAUACUGGCGCAAACAGACAGCCACGCUCUUUGGCUGCUUGCUCAACCUGCUCUUGGCGGGCGCCGGAGUCGGCCUCGCCAUUGCUCUGGGCAUCAGGGCGCGAGACGUCGGUGCCAUGCGGUUGAUCUCCCCGUUGAUAUGGGCAUCUAUCCAGGUGUAUGUCGAGUUCCCCUCCAGUUUCCCCGUUCAAUUAUCACGCAAGCAUUGGCAUGCGUGCUGUUGCGAGGUCGGAAAUUUGAACACAAACAGAUUGACGCGGCCCAUCUGCAGAGCACUCGCCGUCUCAACGGCCAUCUUUGAUGCAGUGAAAAAUUACCGGGAAGGCUUGGACCUUCUUGACUGAGAACAUAUUGAUGGCGGUGGGAGGUGUCACGGGUAACUCGGUGCAUCGGGUUUACAAGGCACGGGUUCGUGGGUCAUGGCACUGCGGUUUCUGAUGAAUAUCAUUCUGAGCAGCAUUGAACGGAUCGAUGGGUAUUCGGCCAUGAACGUGUCAAUGUUAGACUUCUGUCCUCACGGGUAUGUUUUGCUAUUUCUCAGCUUGUUUCUAUCUCUAAAGGUUACGCUCGUAUCAUGGAUAAGAUGGGGGUUCACAGCAUCGGCGGUUGGGUGGGACUUUCAGUUCGGAAUCUCUCCUGAAUCCUGAAUGCC